AGAUAGAUAGAUAGAUAGAUAGAUGGAUGGAUGGAUAGAUGGAUAGAUGGAUGAAUGACUGACUAUUGAAGGAAAAAAGGGGGAAUCAUAGGAUGAACGUUAUAUACACCUAUGACUAUAUAUAUAUAUGUGUAUACAAAGGGGAAUGGACUGGAAAUGAUUUAUUGAUAUUUAUUUUUUUUCUUCUCUUGUAUUUCUUUUAUAUAGACGUUACUUCCUCCCGCAGAAAGUGCAGAAAGGCUCACUUCUCUGCUCCUUCUCACAUUCGCCAAAAGAUCAUGAGCGCUCCUUUGUCCAAGGAACUCCGUGAAAAGCACAGCGCUCGUGCUAUGCCUAUUCGUCGGGAUGAUGAAGUUACUGUUGUCCGUGGUACUUACAAGGGUCGUGAAGGCAAGGUUGUUCAAGUUUACCGUAAGAAGUGGGUUAUUCACAUUGAACGUAUUACCCGUGAAAAGGUCAACGGUGCCACUGCUCCUAUUGGUAUUCACCCCUCCAAUGUUGUCAUCAAUAAGCUCAAGUUGGAUCACAGCCGUCAAGCUGUCCUUGAUCGUAAGGGAAAGAAGGAAGCUAUGCAACAAUAAAUUCUAUCACCAUUUUUUUUUACGAAAUAAAGAAUUCCAUAUCUCCAUUUUGUUUCAAUAAAUAUAUGUAAAUCAUCUGUUUUUAAUUAC